AAACCCAAGAAAGAUAAACCUCAAAUGGAAGCCGAACCCCUAUAAAUAGUUAACCAGGCCUCUGUAUCUCCUCCGGAAUGGAAGGAAUCGAACAGGACAAAGGAGAGCCAAACGGUCCCAUUACUCUCCUCUCUCUCUCAGCGCGGAGAACGCCAAGAAGAGGAGGAGGAGGAGGAGGAGGCUCUCGUCCCCCCGACUCGUCGCAUUUCCUUUUGACGGGAUCUUUCGUGGGAGGAGAGUCUUCUUCUCGACCUUCUUCAACCGUUUCUUCGAUACAUUUGGUGCUUGAAAGCCCGCGUAAUUCGGUUCCCAGAAACAGCAAAGAUGCCCAUAGCAAAGAUUUCUAAGAAACAUUCAGCUGACCCUGGUUUUGCAAAGUCCAAUUUUUUUGACUCUGAUUCUGAUUCUGAAACGAAUACGAAACCAGCAAGAACUUCCUCAGUCCCAGUUAGGACAAACCUCAAAAGUUCCCCUGGUUAUGAUUCUUCUGCUGCAAAAAAUAGGAACAAGAAUGACUUCCGUGACUCAGGAGGGUUAGAGAACCAAUCUGUGCAAGAACUAGAGAACUAUGCUGUACAUACGGCUAAGGAGACUACACAGAAAGUAAAUGACUGCCUGAAGAUUGCCGAAGUAAUUAGAGAAGAUGCUUCCAGAACUCUUGAAACCUUGCAUCAGCAGGGGGAGCAGAUUGCACGGACUCAUCAAACUGCUGUUAAUAUUGAUCAAGACCUUAGCAAGAGUGAGACACUUUUGAGCAGUCUUGGAGGUUUUUUUUCUAAGCCUUGGAAGCCAAAGAAAACUCGCCAGAUUAAAGGGCCUGUUCCUGUUGUUACAAGAGAUGAUUCAUUCAAGAGAAAGGGAAACAAGGAACAAAGAGAAAAGUUAGGAUUAUCUUCAAGUCCUCAGGCACGGUCACGAAUUUAUACUGAAUCCACAACUGCAAUGGAGAAAGUCCAGGUUGAGAAGCAAAAGCAAGAUGACUCCCUUUCAGAUUUAAGUGAUGUGCUGGGCCAGUUAAAGGAUAUGGCUCUUGAUAUGAGUACAGAGCUUGAUAGACAAAACAAGGCUCUUGAUGGAUUGCAUGAUGAUGUGGAAGAGCUGAAUCACAGAAUUAAAGGAGCCAACCAACGAACUCGGAAGUUGCUCGGAAAGUAGGUCUCAUUGCAAACUUUAUAGCAAAGAUAUAAGAUAGGCGACAAUGGCUUUCAACAACUUCUACGGACCACAAAUCUGUUAGUUCUUCCUGUAUUACAAUGGUCUCAUUGAUUUCCCUGUCAAUGAUCGGCAAUAAGUUGUACACGCUCCAAUUGCUACUCUUGUUUCUCCUGAAGUGUAUAUUUUGUCAUGCUGCCACAGCAAUGUUGAUUCCCUAUUCAUAAU